AAGGGGCGGACUUCGAUGCGCGUGCACGCUCGCAGCGGCUUCGCAGAUAAAAGUGCGCGAGCCCGCGGGUCGGCUGCUGUAACUCUGCCUCCUGCAACCAAAGAGACCGGACCGGACCUGACACCGGGGAUCGGAACCAGUGCCGGUGAUGCAUCUUUUUGGCUCAGCCAGCCGCACAGUUUGAAAGCCCCUCCGAUUCAGGUCAAGAUCCGCUGGCACAAUUCAAGGCGAGGAGGAACACCACCAGGCGCGCAGACCAUGGCCUCCCAUUCUGCCUCCAUCUCGCCGGACAGACGCUUCCUAAUCUUCUUUGACUUCGAUGAAACCAUCGUUGACGAAACCAGCGACGACAUGGUGGUGCAGGCCGCCCCGGGUCAGCACCUGCCCGGUUGGCUGAAGGACACCUAUCAGCCCGGCCGCUACAACGAGUACAUGCAGCGCGUACUGGCCUACCUGGCGGAGCAGGGCGUCACCGAGAGCGACUUACGCGGCAUCAUGGAGAAGAUCCCCGCCUCCCCCGGCAUGCUCACCCUCUUCCAGUUCCUGCGCACCCGGCCGGCGAAAGAUUUCGAAGUGGUGCUGCUGUCAGACGCCAACACCUUCUUCAUCGAGUCGUGGCUACGGCGCGCCGGCGUGCGCCAGCUCUUCCACAGGAUCUUCACGAACCCGGCCACGUUCAACAAGAACGGUCGGCUGGUGCUGCGGCCCUUCCACUCCCACGAGUGCCAGCGGUGCCCGGACAACAUGUGCAAGCAGGUGGUCGUCAGGGACUACGUGGCGCGUAGGACGCAGGAGCGCGGCCGCCCCUUUCAGAGGAUCUUCUACGUUGGGGACGGAGCCAACGACUUCUGCCCCGCGCUCUCGCUCGGGCCCCGAGACGUGGCCUUCCCACGGAGAGAUUUCCCCAUGCACCGGCUAAUCACGGAGACCCACGAAGCCAUGCCCGGGGAGUUCAAGGCGGUCACAGUGCCUUGGGUCAGCGGGGAGGAAGUGAUUAUGCGACUGAGGAAACAUGUGGCAGAAUAGAGGGUUAGAUCGGAGAGCAAUACAUUAAUUAAUCAGUACAAUUAAUUGACUUUUAAGUCAAGCUCUCAGGUAAAAUUCCUAAAAAUUAUUAUUCAAAGCAAUAAAAACACCUCUUUUUUUAGGAUAGUUGAGGGUUAAACCAUUUGACACGCAAAGGUCUCGAAGGCAAGAACAGCUUGUGAACUCCUCAGCUAAACCCCAAAGUGAGCCUGAAUAAAAUACGAAUACAAAUUGUAUAACCUGUCUUCAUAAGUAAAGCAAACCUCAGAGGGCUUGGAAACAUUUGCAUAAUAAUGCGGCCCUGUUACUGCUCAUGUAGUAAUUAUAGCCUACUGAGUCACUCAGGAGUUGUUUGUGUUCACAUUUGCAACAAUUAAAUAUUUGAAAAGACAGUUCACUGGUUUCUUUUUGAUGUCAUAAUUGUGCUUUCUUACAAACAAGCACACUUUGAACACGAAUUGGUUUAUAGAUUAUAGCCUCAACCUGACAACACUGCCAUCUGUUGGCGAUGGGCAUUAAAACUGACCCAGCUGUUUUCAUUGUCCUAUUUUUGUUUUGUUUCGUUGUUGUUUUUUUCCUUUAAUUACCAUAUCUGUGAAGAGUUUGUCUAAUUUAGAGAUGCAUUGUAUUACAAAUGAAACGUUAUUUUUAUCUCUUUAACUUGUCUGUCAGCUUGUUGUGUCAUUACUGUGUAGGCCCAGCCUACUGACAAAAAAUGCCACCAGCAGGAAUAAAGCCAUAACCUGAAA